AUCUUGAAACGAAAUGGUGUUGAAAUCCCUCCUUUGAUCGUUUCAUCUCAAUUAUCAUCUCCUAUAUGCAAUUAUUUGGAAUUUUGUAAAUCUCUUUCGCUUAAAGAAAUUCAUAAAGUUAGACGAGAAUUUCUUGACCUAAUUCCAAUGAGCAAUAUCGAAAAAGUUUAUAAAGAAGAUCUAGUAGAAAAAGAAAUUUACAAAUUAUUUCUUGAAAGAUGUUAUUCUCUUAAAUACCUUCAACUUUUGGAUGUUCCACUUACUGAUUGUCCCGGCGCCACCUCAAGUUUAUCAUAUCUUUGUGAAUUAGAAUGUAACGCUAACAUUUCUUCAAAGACGUUUUUAGAACUCUCCAAAAUUUGUCUACACAUUCAAAUAAUAAAUAUUAAUCCAUGCGAUAAGGAUAAUAAAGGUUUAGCAACAUUAAUUAAAUCGCAAAAAUAUUUAAAAGAACUAAAAUUACAAUGUUCGUAUCGAGAUUUCAAAGUUCCUUUAAUCAGCAACGCAAUCUCCACUCUUUCCGACACUUUGAUUUGUAUUCGAUUAAUAAGAAAUAUUUGUAUUUCACCAGAAACUCUUCGUACUCGUCCUCAUCAACAUUUUCGUCCAAA